AUGUCAUCGACAGCAGUAGCACAAAAUAUUAUAAAUAUUGCUCGAGAAUAUACUGUUUCUGUUUACUUUAUUAUUUUAAUCUGUGGUCUUACUGGUAAUAUUUGUAAUAUUAUUGUUUUUUCUGGUUUAAAAAUCUUUCGACAUAAUCAAUGGACUUUUUAUCUUACUGUUGCAUCUAUUACAGAUUUGUGUUUAGUAAUUAUUAUAUUACCAUUUCGUAUUGCUGACUAUGGUUAUGGUCAUGAUCUAACAAAAUUAUCACUUGCGUGGUGUAAAAUAAGGCAAGCACUUGUUUCAUCACUUUCAUUAAUGUCGCUUUCAUCAAUAUGCUUUGCAGCUAUUGAUCAAUACUUAUCAACUCAUUAUAGUCCUUGGUUAAGACAAUUGAGUACCUUGAAAUUAGCUCAUCGUCUGGUUUAUAGUACUAUUGUUAUUUUGGCUUUACUUAGUAUUCCAUUUCUUAUUUUUUUUGAAAUUCAAUCAUCAGCUGGUUGUACUGUAUAUAAUAGUGGAUUUUCAAUCUAUUAUUCAUUUGUUUACUUUUGUAUACUUAGUGGAGUUUUACCUAUUACAGUUUCUGGACUUUCGGCAUUAUUUGCUUACGUAAAUGUUCGUCGUAUAGUAAGACAACAGGUAGCAAUUGUUCGACGAAGAUUAGAUCGUCAAUUAACUGCAAUGGUUUUAACGAAAGUUAUAUUUUUAGUCAUCACAAUUUCACCUUUUAUUACUUUUCGUAUCUAUUUAUUGAAUAGAUCUAUUGAUCCAAAUGAUUCUAUACGAUUAGCAGUUGAACAAUUGCUAUCUACUAUUUUUUCUUCAAUAUUCUAUGUUAAUUUUUCAGGUACAUUCUAUUUAUUUCUAUCAAUCUCGAAACGAUUUCGUCAACAAGUUAAACAUGCACUUAUAAAAAAUAUUGGGAGGAAAUUAUGUCGCAGUAUAAUAUGUAAAAAAUUAUUUCCUAAUCAAAAUCAAAUAGCACCUACAAAUACAGCUACAGAUAUGGAACUGACUUGA